AUGACCUCAGGCAUAACUCUAGCUACCCUUUACAUUCACACCAAACUCAGAUCACGGUUGCUAUCAGCAUGGUCCCAGAUCAUGUUAUUUCCCGCAUUAUGGGCUGCUGUAUGGUGGGGAGUAUCUUCUGUCAGUCCGAUUGGACGCCUCACCUCAUGGACACCAGUCGUUGACACCAUGGGGUACAGUUGGAUGUUAAAGUGGCUAGGGCCAGCAAUGGAUGAUUGGAUUACCGCAGCUUGGGCGGUCGUCAUCUCUGAAAUUGCUGGAGCGUGGCUUAUGAGCUCAGAAUCCCUUGAGGAAGAGGAGCCGUUACUUGGGAAUCGCGGUCCGGGUUCAAAAAAUGAAGCAGCAGCAACUUCUAUGCCUUCGUGGCGUUGCGUUCUGUAUCUGUCCACUCUCCUAGCAGUUUUGACAAUACCCUCGUUUAUUGUCUCCGACAUUGCGCUUCCUGUGUACUCUUCGGAUACCACGCCGUUCAGCGUGGGCUGUAUCCUUCCCAAACGCCGUGAUCGCCAGUUGAGAUUUGAAGACUAUUUGCAAGAAACCAAGAAGCUUGAUGGACAGGCUCAAGUUUUGUUGUGGCCUGAAGGUGCAGUCACCUUUCGGGACGAGUCUCAGCGAGCUGCGGCUUUAGCAGAAGUACAGAAGACGAUCCGGGGAUCCUUUGUGGGGGUCUCCUUUGAAGAGUCUGUUAAGGACUCUUCCGAUGCUGCUGGCCGGAGCCUUUUGAGACGAAAUGGCAUGGCUGUUGUCUCUAACAAGUCUUCCUCGCCUCAUUUGGAAUACUACAAACGACACCUUGUCCCCGUUGCCGAAUCAUUUUCUCUGGUACAUUCUACUACACCCGCGACCAUUUAUACCAUGGAAAUGAAGAAUCCAUCGGACAUGAAAAAGUCGAAUUGGGCACCUCCUCCAAAGUUUACGAGGCCCGUUCCGAUGACGGCUUCCAUUUGCCUUGACUUUGCCAUCCCCGGGACUUUGGCUGCGCUUGACACUAGACCAGCUCUUAUUCUAGCUCCUGCCAGAACAUGGGAGCCCACGGUAGGUUUGGCCAUGUGGGAACAAGCAAAACGGCGUGCGGCAGAACUGGACAGCACGAUUUUAUGGUGCGACGGGGGUGAUGGCGGAGUAAGUGGCGUAUCAGGUAAGGGGAUCACAGAAGUUACACAAGUUGGGGAAGGGUCCUGGGUGCGUAGGAUUGGCGUUGAGUACCCUUUUAACGACGAACGCACGAUGUAUGGCGUUAGGGGAGAUUCUAUUGCCAUGGCUUUCAUCGGAAUCAUGUUCGCAGGUGGGUUUGCCAGAGCUAUUCCCUGGCCGACCUUGGGAAGCCUUCACAUUGGCUGGGUGAAAGAGAAGUGUGCUCGUUUCCGCGCGAUGCUUGGACGGAACGAGACGCCGGAUCUUGUGGACUUGUAA